AUGAUGACAUCCAAAGAAGUGGCUAAAUGUGAUGCAGUGGAAAACAGGAGGCGAAGUCCGCUGGACCAUUUGCCGCCUCCUGCCAACUCCAACAAGCCAUUGACCCCCUUCAGCAUCGAGGACAUCCUGAACAAACCGUCUGUGAAACGAAGUUACACAAUUUGCGGCACAGCUCAUCUAAUUUCGUCCUCUGAGAAGCACCGCCCGUCCAGCAUCCCUCUGUCCAGCCGGGCACUCCUCACCCAAACCUCCCCGCUCUGCGCGCUAGAGGAGCUGGCCAGCAAGACUUUCAAGGGGCUGGAAGUCAGCGUUUUACAGGCUGCAGAAGGCCGGGACGGGAUGACUCUGUUCGGCCAGAGAAGCACCCCGAAGAAGCGCCGGAAGUCUCGGACGGCGUUCACCAAUCAUCAAAUCUACGAGCUGGAAAAGCGCUUCCUGUACCAGAAGUACCUGUCCCCGGCCGACCGGGACCAGAUCGCGCAGCAGCUGGGCCUGACGAACGCGCAGGUCAUCACGUGGUUUCAGAACCGGAGGGCCAAGCUAAAACGGGACCUGGAGGAGAUGAAGGCCGACGUAGAAUCGGCCAAGGCCGUCGGCCAGGUCCCCUUGGACAAGCUCGCCAAGCUGGCGGACCUGGAGAAAUGCGCCAACGGCACGCUAGGCCACCCGCGAGGCGAGUCCCCCACGCGGGGCGGCCUGCAGGAGCACGAGCUCGCUCAGAAACUGCGGUCAUCGCCGCUGUCUCCGUUCUCAGACCACACAACUAGUAAAGAGUGCUCGGAGGACGAGGACGUGGAGAUUGAUGUGGAUGACUGAUGCAGCGUGGUGCUGAAGGUCAAAAAACAUAAAAAGACGAUAAAACAUCCUACCGAGGACUUGUAUCUUACUGCUUAUAUUGUAUACCAUAUCUCAGAACAUGUACCAAAAUGUAUGACUUUUAU